AAACCGAUUAAGAAGCACUUUAUUAAUGUAGCUCAUACAGUCAGCUUGCUAAUAUGCGGAUACAGGGAUCACGAAGCUUGUGCUUGUUCAACUAAGUGUAGAAAUAAACCUAUAAUGUAGCGUCACCUUCAUUACGGGAAAUCACUUCCGGAUCUUUCUGGAAUUUCUUUCGUGUCCUUGUAGGAGAGCGAAAAAACUAUUUCCUACUUGUCGAACACGUCACUUCUGGUCAAGAUGGCCUCGUCCAUGUGACCUGAGUGCGGGCGUCUGUUCAUUUACCAUUCUUGCCCCGACUCAAAUAAACGCAAAAAUGGUGCUGAUGCUUUCGAACAGGGCAAAUGUGGCUGGUCGCCUCUUUUUAUCAGGUUGUUUGGAAAAUACACACAGAGCUGUCACAGUUGGUCUGAGAACAUUUGAUAUUCCCCCUGAUUACAGUGGUGUUAGUAUAAGGGACAAACCCAAACUGCGCUUUGUAAACAAGGUUCCUGAUCUUGUUAAGGUAAAUAAAGAACCAAAAAACUUAAAGGAUAUUCGAGGACCAGCAAAAGAGGGUCAGGAAUUUGAGGAGGGUGAAUAUGGUAUUGUAGCUUUGGGUGGUGGUUAUUUACAUUGGGGACACUAUGAGAUGAUGCGUCUGACAUUGAACCGAGCGCUUUCUCCUCGUACAAUAUUUAGUCGUUGGCUGGUGGCCCCACCUCACAAGCCUGUAACACGAAAAGGUCUUGGCCAACGUAUGGGUGGUGGAAAAGGUGCAGUGGAUCAUUAUGUCACUCCAGUCAAAGCGGAUCAACUAAUUCUUGAGGUGGGAGGCCGGUGUGAGUUUCAAGAGGUUCAACCAAUACUGUCCCAAGUGGCAAAGAAACUGCCCUUUCCAGCACAGGCUGUAAGCAAAGAAACUCUAAAAAAAGCACGCCAAGAAGUAGAGGAUAGAGAAUUAAAUAACCAAAACCCAUGGACUUUUAGCCGUCUAGCAACACGAAAUAUGAUGGGCUGUAGAAAAUGGAUAAGUGCAUUUGACAUUCGAAAUAAGGGCAGGUACUGGGGCAAACGCUGCUUGUCUAAGCGUGUGUAAAGAAAAUAUGUGAUAUAUUUAUUCAUAAAUAUAUACAGAUUACUUACCAAUUCACAAAGCAUUUAUGAAGAAUUCGUAUUUUAUAAUGCAUAUGGAGUAUUUGAAUUAAAGGGAUUAAAACUACA